AUGAUGACCAUGACUACGAUGGCUGACGGGCUGGAAGCUCAGGACUCGUCCAAAUCUGCCUUCAUGGAGUUCGGGCAGCAGCCGCCGCCGCCGCCGCCGGCGCCUCAGCAGCCUCCCCAACCGCCGCCGCCGCCGCCGCCGCCGCCGCCUCCACAACAACAGCAGACCUCGCCGGCGGCAGCCAUGGCGGGCGCCCACUAUCCGCUCCAUUGCCUGCACUCGGCGGCGCCGGCCUCGCAUUCGCAUCCGCACCACCAACAUCCACACCCGCACCACCACCACCACCACCACCACGCCGCGCCUUACACGGCCGGCCCGGCCGGCGCCAACUCCUAUAGUCACCGCUCGCUCGCUGCAGCUGCCGCCGCAGCCGCGGCCGCCUAUCCCUACGUGAGCCACUCGCAGCACAGCCCUUACCUCCAGUCUUACCACGGCGGCGGCGGGAGCGGCGGCGGGACCGGGACCGGGAGCGGCACGGGCAGCCAGACGCGGCCGGACGACGCAGAUCAACAAAAAACCACAGUGAUUGAAAAUGGGGAGAUUCGAUUUAAUGGGAAAGGGAAAAAGAUCCGGAAACCUCGAACCAUUUACUCAAGUCUGCAGCUGCAGGCAUUAAACCACCGCUUCCAGCAGACCCAAUACCUGGCACUUCCAGAGAGAGCAGAGCUGGCGGCUUCAUUAGGACUUACUCAGACACAGGUGAAAAUCUGGUUCCAGAAUAAGCGUUCCAAGUUUAAGAAACUGCUCAAGCAAGGCAGCAACCCCCACGAGACUGACCCUCUGCCUGGCUCGGCUACCCUCUCACCACGUUCUCCAGGUCUGCCUCCAGUCUGGGACGUUUCAGCCUCUGCCAAAGGAGUCAACAUGCCUCCCAACAGCUACAUGCCUGGCUAUUCUCACUGGUAUUCCUCUCCACAUCAAGACACUAUGCAGAGACCACAAAUGAUGUAAUCGGUCCAAGAACAACUGCUGGGCUUGGCGGACGGGGCCAGCUCGUGGGUCUUGGGGUGAAUUGGGAGCGCGUGGCAAGGAAGACGGACUGGGGCGGUUAUGCCUUUAACCUCAGCGAUUGAUCUUGAGCUGAGAGAAACCAUUUGCGUUGUGACCCACGUCAGAUGCCCUCUUUGGGAUAUUUUGUUGGGGAUUCAAAGGCACCAAGCCUUAUUGGGAGUACAAGUCAGAAUGGGGAAAAAAACAAAACCAAUUACAGCCUUUCCCCCGCUAGUCCAC